UCUUGGCUACAUCACAGCCGUCAUUGCCCUGCGCCGCCGGCCCCUGUCGCACAAGAGGUUGAAGGACAAUAUCUUCCUUGCUGGUGCUGCGCUCGCAGUUGCAGGCACAUGCAACUUGAGUACGUUCUUCCAUACUGUUCUCCGACUAACAGGCAGCUGCAAACGUCGUUGUGCAUUGGUCGGUACAAGUCACUGAGCAUCGCGACCGCUUCAGGUACAGUAAAAGCGCACUCUCCAUCUUGGCACUCCUGAUACCAUUCCUUUGCAUUUUUGCAGCUUUCCACAUCUGCAUCGGUGCAGACGCCGAUCGCAGCAAAGUAAGAAUGAUUCUGCGCAUCGCUAUUGGAGGGUUCCUGGCUGGUCUUGGCCACAUCUUCGUCGAGCUCAUCAAUCUGCAAACUGUCUCCAAUGUGGAUGUGAGGGUCACGCAAUGUCAUUACUGCUAUGCGGCGUUGUUUUCCUGCUUCGGUAGCAUGCUGGCCAUGGCUGCCAUCUUUCGUUUGCGAUACCAGUGGGCUGCGCAAUGGUUUUAUUUACUGGCUCUGUGCUUUGCUUCAACUGUUGUGACCAUCGGUGUCGAGGCCAUCUUUCUGGAUGGUUUAGUGAUCCGAUACACUGCACAAACCAUGCAUCAGCGUCAACAACAUCAUAGGUUUGCACUGGUCCAGGUCCUUCUACUGAUUGUGGCAUCGUCAACGUGUGUGGCCAUCAUGUUGUACGUCGGCAUCUCCAUCAUACGACGUGCACAAGCAAAGAGCAGAGCCAAGCAGGUCUCUCUUGCAGCAGUCUUCUUUGAUACCCAAGGACACGUCCUUAUCAACAUGCAUGAUGGAGGCUUGCCUACGCAGGAGAUGACUGCCAGUUUCAUGGAGUUCUCCAUCGCCGAUGUCUUUGAUGCUUCAUCGCCAGUGUUCAGAUGGAUGUUCAAGGCGUCGACGAACUGGCAUCUUAUUGCUCCCAUGCUGACUCGCAUGAAGAUUCAUUUGGCAAGCUGUUCAGACAUCCAGCACAACUCAUCGCGAGAGACUUUCUCCAUUUACUUUCGCGAGUUGUUUUGUUGUGGUGCACAGCAACUUGCAGAGAAAAUGGGCAUUCCAUUGCGCCAUAUGGGUGUGUGCUUCGAUAAGAUUGCGCAGACUGGUGGACGCAAGCGAUCCUCAUCGAUGGAUAUCGAGCGUACAAGUGUCAAUUCCCGAACAGGCCAAGUCAUAUUUCUUGUGCGACAUGUUGAAGAGCGGGAUGUUGAGCGUUUCGUGGCGAAUGGCUUUCGUUUUGCCAAUCCAGUCAACGUUGCAGCCAGUAUUUGUGCAUCGCUUUGUUUGACAAAGGAUCAGGUCAUUGAACAUCUUCGCAUCAUGUCGCAUUACAAGCCCCUCGUGCCACAAUGGCGACCAGGCCUGCAUGUCGGCUGUUUCGGUGUGCAGGCGAGUCUGGUUGGUGGUUUCAAGAUUCUUGUGCCGCAUGAAGAUCGUACGUGCUUGCCUGUUGCUUUUGUGCAGGAUCAUAUGCUACGCGAGGAGUGUCUCGCAUUUGUCAGGAAGCACUAUGGCAAAUCCGUGCGCGAGGUCUUGCUGCAUUGCGAUUCAGAUUCUGCUGCAUUGGACAUGGAGAUCAAAGCCUUCCGAUCGCGUUUGAUGCAUGCCCUCAACCGACUACAAGAUUUGGUGAGAGACUUGGACUUUGAUGAUGCCUACCUCUUGCCAGAACUUAUUCGUUUGGAGACCAAGAAUCGAGGAACGACGCAGCUGCUUCUGUUCAAGUAUGCAAUCCCCAUUCAUGCUCUCAAACUGUGCAAGCAGCUAGAAUUCAUCCCGUUUGCCAUGUUCAACCUCUUUCAGCAAGUACAUGGUCCAGAAUUGCAGACAAGCUUCAUGCGAAGCUUGCACACAGAAUUUACGCCCAUUUUUGACUUGUUGAGUGCCGGCACCAACAAUCUGAGUGUGCGUACAAUGGAAAGUGGCAAUCGCAGCAUGACGGCACGACAAGUGUCCCGCAUGUUUGAAGGUGUCAUGGUUCAGGAAGCCAUUGAGAUGCGUAUCGAUACGGAAGAAAAGGACGAAGAUGUCUCAUUGACAGCAACAUUUGCAGAUGAUGCACACGGUGCCCAUCGAGCUGGUCUUGAAAAGCAAAUCUGGGUGCUGGAGAAUUACCCAGAGCUACCAGAGAUAAAAGGGUCUCCUCUGGCAGCACAGCAUCGUCCGUUCGGCGCACGGCCAGCGAAACAGCAGCCUCAGGUGACAUCUGCAGCAGUGGCCGGUGAAGUGGAAGUCUUGACCUGGGCAGAAGUGGCUCUGCGCACACGGCCCAACAUGACUGGCUUGCCGUAUUAGUUGUUCUGUGUCUGUUCAAGCCCAGACUAGCAUCUCCUAGCGUUCAGCUGCACAAGUAUCGUAGCUUCAGUCAUACUCCGUGGCGUGGUCCAUUUGUCAGCUCCAUCUG